AUGGAUCAUGUAUUUGCCAGACUUCGUUAUGAUGCAUCCUCAUUACCUCUUCCGGGUGAUCGGGAGAAGGAGAAGGAUGAGCUCAAAAUUGACUAUCCCACAAAUAUGGAUGGCUAUCGAGAGAUUGAGGAGCUGGGCGAAGGUUGUUUCGCCAAGGUUAUGUUGGCCCAGGUCCUCGGAUGCCGACAUCGAGUUGCGUUGAAGAUGAUCGAUGUAAGUCUUGUUUAUUCAUCCGAUGCUUUCUGUUUUUAGGUAAUUUUUUGUAGAUGCUUGUGUGAUUUACCGAGCUUUUCCCAAGUUUAUACUUAUUUAACGCUUGCUUCUUUUUCACCUUAUUUUAAUACCUAAUUUUAGUUGACAAAAAUCGAAGACAAAACGGCAAUGCAAUGUGCUGAACGGGAGUUUGAGCUGGCUCGGAAACUGCUCAAGCACAGCAAUAUCGUCCGGACAUUUGCUACUUUCAAGGAUCCUGUGAGUUUUAAUGUUUUGCACAUCUCUUAUAUUAUCCUUGAUCGACUGGGUGAAAAGAAUGCAAUCGUCGGUUUCUGCAGCGUCGUUAUGUCCUUUACAUGAAGCAGUUGGCUUUUUGCCCUGUUUCCCGCAUUUACGUAACUUUCACAUCUAAUAUCAUGGAGAUGUAUAAAAUUAUGCAAUUUUCACUAUUUUGUCCUUUAUCUUUUCUGUUUCAGUUGGAGAAGACGCUUGUGAUGGUAAUGGAGUACAUGCCGAAUGGAGAUUUAGAGAGGUAUAUCCACACAACCUUCCUUUCCAAGAACAAACUUACUCCAGAAGCCAGAAUCUGGCUCUACUUCGAACAGAUCUCCGCCGCUAUCGAGUUCAUGCAUUCCAAACGUAUUAUCCAUCGAGGUGAGUUGCUUUUCACAUUUGUAUUUGAAAUUUAGAUCUGAAACCCGCCAACGUGAUGCUUGCGAAUUCCUGGAGAGUCAAAGUGGGAGACUUCGGGCUGAGUAGGAUGAGAUCAGCUGCCACAGUCGAGGUGAAGACGGUUUGCGGCACUCCGUACUACAUGUCGCCUGAAAGGAUCCUCCAGAAGGGAUAUACGUAUGCUAGUGAUGUGUGGAGUCUUGGCUGUAUCCUUUAUGAGGUGGGUGUCAUGGAUAAUAUAAAUUUUUGGUAUUUUCAGAAAUUUAUUCGAGGUUUUUGACUUUAAAAAAAAGAAUAUGAAGUUCAAAGUUUAAUUGGGUGCUUAUUUUCAGCUGGCCACUGCAGUUUCCCCUUUCUUUGGCGAACGUCACAACAGUUACUCGCUUUCGAACAAAGUCGAGCUCGCCGACUAUCCACCGAUCCCCGAAGAUUGUUACUCCCCCUUCCUUCAUGAGCUCGUCGAUCUUUGUUUAACCGCUGAUUUCAUGGCUCGACCUCCAGCCUCUGUUGUUCAUGAAUAUUCCCGGAUCAUGGUGCACAUGUUCGCCAAGUACACGCGAUUCUGA